AUGGCUAUUAAACUUGAUAUGGCUAAGGCCUAUGAUCAAGUAGAGUGGUCCUUUUUGCAAGCAAUAAUGUUGAGAUUGGGAUUUGCUUCAGAGUGGGUCAAACGGAUAAUGGAUUGCUUAACAACAGUUACCUUUUCGGUGCUUUGGAAAGGCUUUUCAAGGCUGUUGCAGAAUGCUGAAAGGAUAGGGAGUUUGCGUGGGAUUCGAAUUGCUCAUGGAGCUCCAUCAGUCAAUCAUUUAUUUUUUGCCGACGAUAGGAUUCUCUUUCUUGAUGCAACUACAGAAUCAUGUGAAACAAUGAAGAAUAUAUUUCAAGUGUAUGAGGAAACUUCUGGGCAAAAGAUCAAUCUCACAAAGUCGGCUUUCAGGUUGAGCCCAAAUGCUACUGUUGUUGAAAAACAAAUAGUUUUGGAUUUACUGGAAAUUCCGUUGGUGUCUUGCCAUGAAAAAUAUUUAGGUUCGCCUAUGGUGACAGGUAAAGGAAGAAAGCAGAUUUUCGGGACUGUCAAAGAUCGAAUCGGAAAACGAAUUAGUGGGUGGAAGGAAAAGCUCCUAUCUAGAGCUGGUAAAGAGGUCCUAAUUAAAGCUGUGUUACAGGCUAUGCCCACCUACUUGAUGAGCUGCUUUUGGAUGCCUAAGGGGAUGUGUAAGGAACUCCAUGGCUUAAUGGCUAAAUUCUGGUGGUUUAAAAGUAAGAAUAUGCGGGGUAUUCAUUGGACUAAAUGGGAGACAAUAUGUGUGAGCAAGCAGAUUGAAGGAUUGGGAUUUAGAGACCUUGAUGCUUUUAAUCAAGCUCUUCUGGCAAAACAAAGUUGGAGAUUAUUCUUUAAUUGCAAUUCCUUGGCAGCGAGAAUUUUCAAGGCCCGAUAUUUUCCGCAUUGUAAUUUUUUAGAAGCUGGAUUGGGGUAUCGACCCUCACGUAUUUGGAGUUCGUUGAUAUGGGGGAAGGAUUUGUUGAAGGCGGGUUUGCGGUGGAGAGUUGGAAAUGGUGAAGAUAUAUAUGUUUAUCAGGAUCGGUGGGUGCCUUUACCAAUGAAUUUCAAGAUUAUCUCAACGCCACAAUUUGAUGUUUCUAUGAAAGCUUGUAGUGAAGUGAAACCAAUAUGGUCUUUAUCACCUUGGAGUGCCAAUCACCAUGAGUGGAGAAUUACAUCUUUCAAGGAACUUUGGCAAGCUGUGAUUGUGGUCUCAAGUAAACAGGAGGUGGAUCUUUUUGCUUUUCUAUGCUGGGAUAUUUGGAAUGACAGAAACAAUCUGUUGUUUCAAGGACGAAGUCUUGAGAGUGUAUCAGUGUUUAACAAAGCUUUGGCUUAUCAGACGGAGUUUUACUCUUACAAAAUUAAUGUUGAUGGGGCAGCCAAACUUGCUGGGUUAGUACGGGGAGUUGGAGUAGUGAUUCGCAAUGGAAAUAAAGAGUUUAUGGCUGCUUGUUCUCGACAAGUGAUAGGACAUUUUAGUGCACAAGCGGCAAAGGAAGGCCUUCAGUUUGCAUAUGACCUUGGCUUUCAUGACAUAGUGUUAGAAAUGGAUACACAGGGGGUGGUAGAUAGAAUCAACUCUAAUGAAGAGUGUUUUGAAGCUGAAGGGAAUAUAGUGGAAGAUAUCAAGGAGAUGCAGGGGUGGUUUAGAUCUUUCUCCUGUAAUUGGCAACGACGAAAAGGUAACAAGGUUGCCCAUGAGCUUGCUCAAUUUGGCACUCGGAACGCUGGUUUUUUCACAUGGAUUGAGGAGGAGCCAUUAUGGCUAACUCCUUUUCUUUCUGCAGAUCUAGAAGCUAAUGGUUGA